UUUGUUGACUGCAAUCAGACACUGAGGAGUCGUUGUAUGGGACAUUAUAAGGACAUUAAGCCCCUACAAAGGCAUAGAGGCCUGUUAAAAGUCCGAGGAAGUCGAGGAGAGCGGACAGUCGAGUUGAGAUCGAACAAGAGACAUUGCGCGUCCGAUUAUUUCAAGGACUUAAGUAGAAGACAGCUAACUAUUUGUGGAGCGGAAGAUUGCUCUCUCUGAACAUUGUUGUUGCAUGGCUGUCUAGUUGUUUUGGCAGAUCAUCAGCAGCGGAAUUCCGAUUCAACCAAGGCAGAGUUUGUAAGCGGCGAGAGAGAGAGUGAUCGGGUGAGUCAGGCAUUCAUUUACCAAGGAGUCACGCUCUCAAAUCCAGCAACUGGCACGUUGGAAAUCUCUCCCUACAAUCUGAAUCUAUUUCACAGUGUGUUUCUACCCACUUGAGUCUCAGACAACCAAGAGAUCUAGACUUUAAAAAAAAAGAAGAGAAACGUUUUUCACUUAAAGUGAGCCGAGUUAAGUUGCGGUUCCGGCCCUCAGAAAUUACACAGUUGGAGUCUUAACGGGGAAAACUCUGAAAGCAUUCGAGGGAGCAGGGAAAAGGUCGUCUUUAUUUAAAAAGAAGAAACUGUCGAGUAUGGUUGAUAGCAUGAUGGUCACUGCAGAAAGCGGUCACGAACUGGACAUGGGUCACCACUACCACCACCACCACCAUCACCAGCAUGGUGGAGACUCGGACACCGAGAAUAAUAUCACGAUAUGCCAUGACGACAGCGACAGCCUGAGCGGCCGCCGUGACGAUGAUGGUCUAUCCAAAGAAAAUAUGUCAUCACCAAGAAAAGACGGUUCCCCAGAUGAUGGCGGCGUACGAAGGUACCGCACAGCGUUUACGCGAGAGCAAAUAGGCCGCCUGGAGAAGGAAUUCUACAAGGAGAACUAUGUCUCCCGACCCCGGCGCUGUGAGCUGGCUGCGGCAUUGAACCUCCCAGAGAGCACGAUCAAGGUGUGGUUUCAGAAUCGUCGUAUGAAGGACAAGCGUCAAAGAAUGGCCCUUGCUUGGCCCUACGGACUUGCUGCCGACCCUAAUAUUUACGCCUAUCUGGUUAACGCCGCUGCCAACAUAGGGUACCACUACGGCCUCCCGCCAACCACGGGAGGGGCACCUUUGGGGUACUAUGCCGCUGCAGGCCUGGGACUUCAGAGACCAGGGGCUCCAUAUCCUACUUUACCACUCACCACGACUCCGCUGAGACCGAGGCCAGAUAUCCUUCAAGCUGUCCCUGCCGGUGCUCACUUGGUUCACCCUACUCCCCUGUCGGUCCCCUCGACGUCAGCAAACGCCACGUGCUCGCUCCACGUCGCACGCGAUUCUUUACCUCACCACGGCCUCCCAGCGGCCCCCCUCCCUGCACAGGGGUCCCCACCAACACAUUGUACUGCCAGCCCAGGAGAACCGUGUAACUGUCACCUGUUUUACCACGGAGGGAUCACGACUGUCUCCCCGCCGACGGUGUCACUGGCGUCGGCACCUGUUCCCCUCGCGUCUGCCGCGUCCUUGUCACCGUUAUCUACGUCACUGACGGCGUCACGUAAUCUUUCCCCCUCCGUCAGCGUACCGACAGCGAUCAGACCUGUCCCGACACAGCCUACGCUAUUCCAGCCGUACAAAACGGAUUAAGGACACUUCCUCUGUAUUAGAUUUUUUACAAUUCAGCUAUAUCUUGUUGUGCAAUUUUGUAAAUAUUUUUCUCCCGAGUCCAAACAUGAAUCCUUCUUUCAUGUCUUAUGACAGCAUAUUACACAUUAGGUGAUAAAAAGAUAUUUAAAGUUUCUGGAUAGAGAGGUGACAGUUAAGUUAAACUGUGGAAAAAAAAAAAUGAAAUCGCUUAUAAGCGAACUUAUUCGACUUGAAACCAAAACGGUUAUAAAUUACACGUGAGCGUGCCAGUACAAAUGAUGUAGUCUGGGAAGUCUUCGUGAAUUAUGCCAUAUUUACCUCGUAAGCAAUGUCAUAUUUUCCACUAAGUGUCCACAGAACUUCACAAGUCAACAUAUUACGUGACCUACAAUGAUAAUUGUUUGAAAACAGAAGGUGCCCUUAGUAUUUUUUAGUUAGUGAGCAACUCACUGUGUGAUCUUGCUCCUAUUUUGACAAUACCUUUCUGUAAAGUCUUAUUAUCGAUUUGUGAUUGUUGUAUGUUUAUAAAAAUAGCGAUCAAACGAUCUGUGCUACAAUGAAGAGAAGUAUUUGCGUUAUGUCCACGUUUUUCUUUUACCUCUAAGCGAUUGCUAGUAGAUCAAAUACAAAAACUGUUAAAUAGGUAAGAAAAUAGUUGGAAUGGUGUUUGAAGGACGUUAGGAAAUGGCUUUUGACAGAGUCGUUGCAACUUUCGAAAGGAUAUUGGUAAAACCUUACCAAAACGACCCUAUCCCAAAAGACACUGUGAUCAAUCAUACGAAUUACAAUUUGAUUUAGAAUCAUCGAUGCUAUCUUGGUCAUUUUACGCCGAGAUCUGUGACUGGGCUAUUUAAAAACGAUCGGGAUUAUCUAUAAUAGGGAUCAGAAUAGUAUUCCUCCCCAGUGAAUCCCAAAGCUCUGAUAGAGCGGUAAUUUCGCGUUGAUGAAUUGUGAUCGUUUCCCUGUAUGUUUAUUUCUGUGUAAUUUAUCAAGCAAAUUGCUAGAAUUGAGACUCGUGAUUAAUUGUUCUCAGAGGAACAACUUGAGUGAUAGCUUAUAAUUAAGGCUUCCUAGGAUUAAGCAGUGCAACAUAGAUAUCUGUUAAUACACUGUUUAAGUAUGACGCUGCAGAGGUUGUCGUAAGGACACAAGCGGCGUUGUAAUCCGAACUAGAGGCGAAUUACUUCUACAUCACAGUUAACGGAUACUUUCAUUUAUUGUUGGACUCACAACGCCAAUUGAAAGAUUUUUAUGUUGUCUAACCGCCAUCAGCAUUUUUCAAUCAGUUUAAAAACAAAAUUAUUUAUUAACUAUCAUGAUCAAUAUGUAUAUAUGUAAAUUAAAUUUAUAGACCUAUAAAGAAGCAUGGCAUUCGUAAUGAUAAUUAUUAUAAUAUUGUAAAAAUGUCCA